AUGUCUAAUAGAGAAAGAAUCGAUCAUUUGGAGGAUAGUGUAGGUUCAAUCAACGAGUACGUACAAUCAACAAACCAAGUGAUCGCUAGGAUUGAGAGGAUGAUGCUCCAAAAUGCAGCCCGACAAGCCAAGAAGAAUGGUUCCGAAUCUUCGUCGGAUGGAGAAUCAGACGCAAGUAGUGAAGCCGGAUUUCAUAACGAGUUUACGAGAAAGAAGGGAGGCCGCUUCGGGGACGGCCUCGACAGCGACGAAGAUGCCGACAUAAACCCCCGGAGGAAAAAACCACAGCAGGGCGCGCCUAAUGAGAUCCUGAUGUUCGACCCGGCCCAUCAAGGUGAGCCCGACACCUCCGUAGAAAGAAAAAGAGAUCGAUCCCCGCAGUCGAGUACCGACCUGACUGAUUUCCCACCCCGGCGCGUAAACACAAGCCGAGGUGAAUCCCUCUUUUCGAGGAGGCAGACAAAAGCAUACGCCCGACAAGCUUAUUAUGCCGGACAGAGAGUGAUGCACGCUGGAAGCAGACCGGCGGCUGAGCCAACGCCCAAUAAAAUCUCCUUCAUAGAUGAGGAUGCCUUUCUGUUCGACCAUCCCCACUCGGACGCCCUGGUGAUGACGACCCCAAUAAUGGCGAUCAAGAUCCACCGAAUAAUGGUUGAAACUGGGGCCUAUGCGAGCAUUUUGUACUACAACACGUUCAAGAAGAUGGGGAUUGACAGGAAGGAAGUGCAACCCUGCCGAGAGCAGAUCCAAGGGUUUAACGGUCAAAUGACGACCCCCGUCGGUCAAGUGACGUUGCCGAUCAGGUUCGGGGAGAAGGGGCAGCCCACGCGAACGAUACUGGAAACCUUCAAGAUAGUGGACUGCCCAAGUGAAUACAAUGCCAUCCUAGGCAGGACGGCUCUUUACAAGCUGAGGGGGGCCGUCUCUAUUUUCCAUUACUCCCUCAAGGGACGAAGAGCUGGAAAGGAGCCGAUGUUGGAGGAGGACGAGCUCGACCCCCGAACCCAAUACGAAGGUCAAAAUCAUCUUCAUCGAUGA